UUGAACACGAAUUAAAAUUAGUAGAUGCGUCCUCUUCUCCCACCUCCCGAUAGGAUAAUCGAGACCAAAAUCCAACAGCUGUCCAUGCAGCAGGUAGUACACCCAGGUGCCACCCCACUACGCGUGCGCCCACCCCAACAAAACCGAAACACGCACCCGCUCAGUCAACAGUCCAUAAACCAUCAGUGUCUGUGUUCGACGUUCCAGCAUCUUAAUCGCAACGUGUGUGUUUACAGUACUGUUUCGAAACUCAGAUCAAGUGCGCGAUGGAUUUGUCCUGCAGAGAGGAACCGGCGACCGCGACCUGCGACCGUACGAUAUUCGGCGACCCGCGCGUCGUCGUUCAAAUGUUGCGUGACGAGGUGUUGUACAUGCCCAAGUGCAAUUACUUCACCGAGGUGCAGACCGACAUCCAGCCCUUCAUGCGGAAGGUGGUCACCACUUGGAUGGUUGAGGUGUGCGAAGAACAGUCGUGCGAAGACCAGGUACUGCCUCUGGCCAUCAAUCUGAUGGACAGAUUCUUGUGCGAGUGCGACAUUAAAAGACAGCAAUUUCAAUUGUUGGCGGCCACUUGUCUUCUGAUUGCGUCAAAGAUGCGCAGCACCAACUUUCUUCCAGUCGAUCUUCUUUGUGCCUACACAGAUUACAGUGUUUCCUAUGAUCAUAUUGUGGCUUGGGAGCAAUUGGUGCUGUCGAAAUUGAGCUGGAACAUAGCCUCGAUCACCGGAUUCGAUUACAUCGAUCACAUAAUCGAAAGGUCGUCUUGGGGUCACGAAUCGACCCUUAUCAGACGUCACGCCCACACGUUGGUCCACGUUUGCUAUACCGAACCGGCACUGGUCCAGGCUCCGCCAUCGUUGAUCGCAGGCGCUUGCCUAAGCUCGGCCAUCCGCGGCCUCAAGCUGCCCUCGGCCGAAAUCGCAGUGGCGGACAUCUGCAGGAUGAUCAACCUGCUGCCCAGCAAAGUCGAUUUCCUGGUCUCGUUCGUCGACAAUGCGGUGGCGAAGGCGGCUCCCAGUUCGCCCCAGCAUCCGCCGCCGAAGGGCUACGAAAGCCCGCAGUACGGGCCGGACACACCCACUGAAGUGGAGGACAUCUACUUUUAACGUUGUUGUUGAUGGAUUGUUGUUGCGCCCGUUUGUUAACUAAUUGUUUAAGCAUUCGUAGUUUUUUUUUAUUGACGGAUUUUAAGGAAGGUGUUAUUUUUUAUGGAAAAUGGAAAAAGACAGUGUUUUUAGUUUUCUUCUAUUGAUCUCCCGGUAAAGGAUUUUUUGUAUUUCUUGUAUCAAGAUUUUAUGAUCUCAUCGACUAUAAAGUAUUGUUUGUACGGCCGCCCGACUACUUUUGUUGUUGUCGUUGUGGCUUUUAGAGUUUUUAAAAACCAAUUCUGUGAUCUGUAAGAAAAUCCAUUUUAAAGUUAGCUUAUUGAAAUUUUGUAAUUUUGGAUCGACAUUUAAGAAAAUUCUGUUUAGAUGAUUAUUUUAGUUAUAAAAUGGUUUUGUUAUCUAGUCUUUAUUGUAUUAGUGUACAUAUAUUUAUAAUUUAUAGUACGACCAAAUUUUAUACAUGUAUAAUUAUUUGUAAUGAGUGUAUAAGCUUAGGCCGUAUUAAUUCCAGUGUUAGUUAAUUUUUACUAGUCGCCAAAGGGGCGAUGAUUUAAGAUGUACAUUUAUAAAACCAAAGUAUUUUUCAAUGUUUUCAAUUGAGUGUUUAAGCAGUAUUUAUUUUUUAAUAUUAACUUAUAUCUUAAUGUUUUUUCUAAAUGAACGAUUUUGUAUAUUUUCU